AAACGCACCUGUUUUGACUGACGAUUACCCUGGACUGUAAAAGACUUGGGACACACUGCAACCCCAACAAGCGAGUUCAUAGCACAUCACAUUUCAGAUGCAAAACUGGGCAAGCCACGACUCAUAUCAUGGUAUAGAAUGAGGUUGCAUUGACCCUGCUAGUACUAGCCCAGUAGCCUAGCAUCGGGGUGGAGGCUGGGUCACAGUGAUCAGUAACCCGGCUAGGAGGCUCGGCUCCAGGCUAGCCAGCCUGCCAGCGGAGGGAGGGGGCCUGGUCUUGGAAUGGCCUGGUGAGCUGCGCCGCCUAGCAGCAGAGGAAGGUUUGUGAUGAGCGGGAAGAGCCUGCUGUUAAAGGUGAUCCUGCUGGGGGAUGGUGGCGUGGGAAAGUCUUCCUUAAUGAACCGCUACGUCACGGACCGCUUCGACUCCCAGUCCUUCCACACCAUCGGGGUCGAGUUCCUCAACAGAGACCUGGAGGUGGACGGGCGCCUGGUGACCCUUCAGAUCUGGGACACGGCUGGUCAGGAGCGCUUCAAGUCCCUGAGGACGCCGUUCUACCGUGGCGCCGACUGCUGCCUCCUCACCUUCGCUGUAGACGACCUGCACAGCUUCCAGAACCUGGUCAGCUGGAAGAAAGAGUUCAUGUUUUACUCUGACGUACGAGACCCAGAGAGGUUCCCCUUCGUUGUACUGGGCAACAAGGUGGACAAAGAGGGGAGGGAGGUGGGGGAGGACGAGGCUCGGGCCUGGUGCGAGGAGAACGGCUGUUGUCCCUACUUCGAGACCAGUGCAAAGGACGAUACGAACGUGGGAGUGGCGUUUGAGGCAGCGGUACUGGAGGUUCUGGCGGCGGAGGAUCAGAUCGACCACACAUUGUUGAGUAGCACUAUCGAUCUCCACGGCAACCGUAAAGUACCGCGCUCUUCUUGCUGCUGAUUGGUUGAAAGGACUGGUCGGAGCUAGUUCCUCCCUGAGUCCUCUCUGUCUAGCCUGUAGCACUCUGGGAGCUCUCCACCGAUGAUGAUGAUGCAGGUACAAGCUACUGACAACCUGAUUAUCAACACAGCUGAUUUUAAAUAGUGUCAGGUUGUCGGUACAGACUAAUUUGGAAGAGUAUUGGAUAAUCAACACAUCUGAUUUUGAAAGGUUAUCAAUGAGGUACAAUGUAACAGGUACACCAUGUUAUUCAACUCUGUCUGCGUUCUGCGGUAUAUCACAAAACUGCUGUCUACAUCCAGCCAGCUUCAGCUUCAUGUAUCUGCCUUGUGUAGUGUUUUCACCAUAUAGGCCUAGCCCUCCUACAUAACAGUCAUUUUAAUCUGAUAAUAUUAAUGUGUCCUUUCUGUUCUCCUCCAAGAGCACAGACUGCUUGUGGCACAGCAACAUUCUCAUUCAUUCAUCUCUUUAAGUCUUCUAAAGUCUCACAGGUACUCUGACCAGAACAUGAUCAUCACCCUGUCAGGUCUCACAGGUACUCUGACCAGAACAUGGCCAUCACCCUGUCAGGUCUCACAGGUACUCUGACCAGAACAUGAUCAUCACCCUGUCAGGUCUCACAGGUACUCUGACCAGAACAUGGCCAUCACCCUGUCAGGUCUCACAGGUACUCUGACCAGCACAUGGCCAUCACCCUGUCAGAUCUCACAGGUACUCUGACCAGAACAUGAUCAUCACCCUGUCAGGUCUCACAGGUACUCUGACCAGAACAUGGCCAUCACCCUGUCAGGUCUCACAGGUACUCUGACCAGAACAUGGCCAUCACCCUGUCAGAUCUCACAGGUACUCUGACCAGAACAUGACCAUCACCCUGUCAGGUCUCACAGGUACUCUGACCAGAACAUGGCCAUCACCCUGUCAGGUCUCACAGGUACUCUGACCAGAACAUGGCCAUCACCCUGUCAGGUCUCACAGGUACUCUGACCAGAGCAUGGCCAUCACCCUGUCAGAUCUCACAGGUACUCUGACCAGAACAUGGCCAUCACCCUGUCAGGUCUCACAGGUACUCUGACCAGAACAUGGCCAUCACCCUGUCAGAUCUCACAGGUACUCUGACCAGAACAUGACCAUCACCCUGUCAGGUCUCACAGGUACUCUGACCAGAACAUGGCCAUCACCCUGUCAGGUCUCACAGGUACUCUGACCAGAACAUGAUCAUCACCCUGUCAGAUCUCACAGGUACUCUGACCAGAACAUGGCCAUCACCCUGUCAGGUCUCACAGGUACUCUGACCAGAACAUGGCCAUCACCCUGUCAGAUCUCACAGGUACUCUGACCAGAACAUGACCAUCACCCUGUCAGGUCUCACAGGUACUCUGACCAGAACAUGGCCAUCACCCUGUCAGGUCUCACAGGUACUCUGACCAGAACAUGAUCAUCACCCUGUCAGAUCUCACAGGUACUCUGACCAGAACAUGGCCAUCACCCUGUCAGGUCUCACAGGUACUCUGACCAGAACAUGGCCAUCACCCUGUCAGAUCUCACAGGUACUCUGACCAGAACAUGAUCAUCACCCUGUCAGGUCUCACAGGUACUCUGACCAGAACAUGGCCAUCACCCUGUCAGAUCUCAGAGUCAUGUUCUGGUCAGAGUACCUGUCUAUCACACUGUCACAUCUCAUUACAUUUGUUGACUGACUGGUGGAAUAUAAUAUAAUACACUGACAUAGACCUGGUCUGUUGACUGACUGGUGGAAUAUAAUAUAAUACAAUGACAUAGACUGGACUUUUUUCCCAGUUCAGUUUAAGAACUGACAACAUUGAUUACACACAUUACUGUACCAGGAAAAAUGUUUACUGCACAAAGGAAUGACAUUUUCUUUGAUUUUCUCCCAAAGGGUCUUGAAAAAGAAGGGUCAACAUUGCAAAUAUUGACUCUUUGCAUCAACUUCAUGUAAUUGUCAAUAAAAGCCUUUGACACUUA